AUAAAACACAAACAAAUGGAACAGAUUUGCGGUGCAGUCGAGCCGCUAUUCCCUUGCCGCGAGGCGUCCAUUCGAACGCUGUGCGAGCUCAUUGGCCACUGCAAUGAGGCCUAUCCGCCAGCCAUUUAUAUAUUCGGGCAUAGCGGCACGGGCAAAACAUCGCUAACCAAAGCCAUCCUCCAGCAAUGCGAAAGGCAGCAAAAAGUGCGAACUGUGCAGCUAAACGCGAUCGAAUGCUAUACGACCAAAAUACUGCUGGAGAAUGUGCUGGACGCGUUGGCGCCGGAAGAGCAGCAGCCGGCAGAGUCACUGGUCGCCGAUAAUAUGCUGGAAUUUGUAGAGCAACUGCGUCGUUGGCAUGGAAAAUCAGCACGUGGAUUCCUCAUUGCUGUGGACAAUGCGGAACGGCUGCGUGAUAUGGAUGCCAAUGUGCUGCCCGUGCUGCUACGCUUGCAGCAGUUAACCGGCCUCAACAUAUGCGUGCUGCUGCUCUCCCAGCUGCCCUUCGAGAAGUACUACAACAAGACGGGUCUCAGUGAGAUCAUUCCAGUCCAUCUGGCGCAGUAUAACAAGACUGAGACGCUGCGCAUCCUCAGCAGCGACUUUGACCAGCUGAAGCGACAGCUCCAGCUGCAACUUGAUGGCGAUCGUCUGGCAAUUUGCGAGCAAUCGCUGACGCCGGAAUUCUACAGCAACUAUCUCAACUUGUUUCUCAGCGUCUUCUAUAAGGCUUGCCGGGAUGUGCCCGAGCUGCGCCUGACGGCACGCAAAUGCUUCGCCGUCUACAUGGAGCCGGUGCUCGAUGGCAGUGUCGAGUGCACAGAUGUCUCACGGCUCUGGCGGCACAUUGCCGGACCGUUGCGUUCUGCCCUCACGCAGAUCUAUCUGCGAGUGGAGAAGCCGCUCGGCGAACCGGACAUUGAAGAUCAGAGCGUACGCCGGCUGGCGCAAUCUCUGGAGUUGCCGUACUAUGGCAAAUUCUUGCUCAUUGCCGCCUUCCUGGCCAGUCACAACUCGGCCAAGCAGGACAAACGACUGUUUGUCAAGCAUCAUGGGAAGCAGCGUAAGCGCAUGCAGACAGUCAAUGCCAGAGCCAAGAAUGCGGAGAAGAUGUCCACGACAUUGGGACCCAAAUCCUUUAGCAUUGAUCGCCUACUGGCCAUUUUCUAUGCCAUACUAGACGAGAAGGUGGGCCUCACCUGCAAUCUGCUCUCACAGAUCUCCACGCUGGUGCAUCUCAAGCUGCUCGCUUUCGUCUCCGGCGAACAGAAUAUUAUGGAUGGAUCUGCCAAGCUGCAGUGCACCGUUGGACUUGAAUUUGUGCUCUAUAUCGGCAAAGUUGUCGGCUUCAAUGUGCGUCAGUAUUUGUGCGAUUUUAUGUAACUUAUAAUUAAUUAUAUUAUCAUAUUAUAACAAUUAAGAGAUAUGCGUAAAAGUUUAAUGCUUAAGAGGUGUUCGAAUAAAUGUUUAAAUGUUCCGAAAAAUAUUUAAAACCAA